UAUAAUUGUGUUAUUAAUUUAUUCUCCUAAAGUAUUGUUCAUAAAAUACUGAUUUUGUGGAAAUUAUGUUAUUUUAUACGAUUAUAUUUGCAAUUGUUUUUUUCCAAAAACUGACUUGCAUUAAAUAUAUAUGUACAAUUUCUUUUUUUCUCUUUUCUUUUUAAAAUAUUAUAUCACCGAUUAUAUCAUCGUGUCUUUAGCUGAGGACAAGUCAUUAAAUUAAAUUAAAUAGCUUGUAUAAGAAGGAACUUUUAAUUGGGGAAAUUAAUUCUUUUAACAGCAAUACGUUCGUUACAAUUUAUAUUUGCCGUGAGAAAACGUCGUCUCUUCCGGUAAGCUUUCACUCCGGUUUAAUCACCGUGAUCGUUCGCGACGAGCCACUCUUGAUAUUGCAUCAAGACGACAUUUUACCGAGGAGAAAGCAACCACUCAGCGUGAAUAUCGGUUCACCAAUUAUCAAAUUAAAUACAGCAAAUAAAUAGACUGCGUACGUGUGUACGCAAUAAACUGUGUCAAAGAUAGGAUAUAUUAUAGAAUCAAUAAGAACGAAAUAUGCAAGAAACAUGCGAUACUCGAGAUAUCUCUUGAAAAUACAUGUAAUCUGUAUCGUCGAGAACUAUUCGAAUAUGUUCAUUUUACUUUUGACAGUAUAAUUUUUCACUGAUUUAUACCUAACCGUUUCUUUCUCUCAGUAAUUGCACGUUCACGCAAUGAUUCCAGGGCAGCGGAAACUGAUCUAAUCGUGGAGUAUUCUGCAAAGAAGACCAUGCCGAUUACAAGCAUCGCUCGACCAAGAUGACGUCGGAUAAGCAAACGAAAUCGCCCUCCUGGCUAUUGCGAUCGUGUAAAAGGAGCCGAUUCAAAAUAGAAUUGCUUUAUUUCAUGCUUGGAUAUCUGUUGACACGUUGCUCGGCAAGAAAUAAUCCUCCGAGGUUCCUCAUAGACGGACAAACGGAAAUCGUUCUCAGAUUGAAGGAAGGACCUGAGACUCCAAUCGGCAGCCUAAUUUACAGGCUUAGAGGCAUCGAUCCGGAUGGUGACAUUUUGACAUUCGGUAUUCGAGAUCAGCCCGGUAGCGAUGUGAUUCGAGUCGAGAACUAUGGUCCCAAUGAAGCAAACAUUUAUUUAAAUAAGCUGCUUGACAGAGAGACGAGAGACGAAUAUGCCCUCGUGUUAACGUUGACGGAUGGAAGGCUGGGGGAGGGCAAUUUCAUCACACAAAGCCUGCUGCUUCUGGUCGAGGACAUCAACGAUAACGUGCCGAUUUUUCGUCCGCAUCCGACAUCGCUGACGCUACGGGAGGACUCACGACCGGGUACUUUAAUUACGGUGGAAGCUACCGACACCGAUCUGGGAGCUCAUGGUCAAGUAGUGUAUUACCUUCAAGAAUUGGACGGUGAUAACAACGUUUUCAACAUAUCGACCGUCAAUGGCAGGGGCGUGAUACGCUUGGUCGGUUCUCUGGACUACGAACGAAAGUAUCUGUAUCAACUGCGAAUCUUGGCCGUGGAUCGUGCGAUAAAUGAAAAGGUAAAUACGGGAACGACCGCGAUUUUGGUAAAGGUACAGGAUGUGGAGGACCAGCCGCCGGAAUUCAUUGCCAUGACGCCUGUCGCAAGGAUCAGCGAGAAUGCCAGGAUUGGCACAUCUGUUUUACAAGUUCGUGCCAUGGACGGUGAUAAGGGGAUAAAUAACAAAGUAACAUAUAGCAUCACAAAGGGUCCGAGAGAUUUAUUCGAUAUUGACGCGACUUCCGGUCUUGUAUUCACUCGAGCACAAUUGGACAGAGAGGCCGAGCAGAAUAGAGACGGCACUUUCAUUUUGGAAAUUACUGUGAAAGAAGUAUCGAAGAUUAAACCGUCACCAUCUGUCAGCACCGAAGUAACCAUUAUUCUCACUGAUGUAAACGACGAGACACCAACGUUUCGAAGUACGCUAUAUCGUGCCGAAAUAAAUGAGAACGCGCCACAAAACACGCCAGUCAAUUUUAUUGGCGACGCCGUGCCAGAAGUUUUCGAUCACGAUUUGGGUUCUAAUGGCACAUUUCAAAUAUUUAUCCACGGUGAUGGUGGAAUAUUCGAUGUAACGCCAUUUCGUGGAAUAAAUGAAGCACCUUUCUUGAUACGCGUCAAGGACUCGAUUAAACUCGAUUUUGAGAAAAUAUCAGAGGUAAACUUCACUCUCGUUGCAAAAGAAGUUACGCCGAUUUCACCAAAGUAUAGCACAGUACCAGUUACGGUUUUUAUAAGGGAUCAGAACGAUAAUUAUCCCGAGUUCACGGAAAGCGUGUACGAAGUCUCGAUACCGGAAAAUUGCGCCGAGGGAACGACCGUAGCUUGGGUACAGGCUUUGGACGAAGACAGCGGUAACUUUGGAACGCAUGGAAUACGAUAUACAACUUUAGGCGGUAGCAUUGCACAUGCAUUAUUAAUGAAUCCUCUCACCGGCGUGAUAACAGUCAAACAUCCCGGACCCAGUUUCGAUCGGGAAUUAGUAGCUCGUCAUUAUCUCACAGUAGAGGCCCGAGACGAUCUCGGAAGAGGCAAUCGCAACACCGUACAAUUAAUAGUCAACAUCGACGACGUUAACGAUAACACACCUGCAUUUUUGCAAAAUAAAUAUGAAGCGGUACUAUUGGAGAAUGAGAAUCAUUUCGAAUCACCUCUGAUCGUCGAAGCAUCUGACAACGAUUUAAACGGAACGCGGAACAGUGAGAUAGUUUACUCUUUAAUGUCAAGUGAAUUUUCACGGAAUUUUACGAUCGAUCCAAAACGCGGCGUUGUGACACCCACCCAUCCUCUGGAUUACGAGGCUUUGCCCAUCAACCAGGGACACAAGGAAACUUUCAUACGUCCGUUGAAAUUGACGGCGAGAGCGAGAGAUAUGGGUAUACCGAGCUUAAGUUCCGACAUUCCUCUGACCAUUUAUUUGAAAGAUGUCAACGAUAAUGCGCCUGUCUUCGAGAGAACGUCGUAUAAAAAGCACAUACACGAGGAUUUGCCGGGCGGCACGAGCGUUAUACAAGUGAAGGCGUGGGACAAAGAUUUGUCGUCGCCCAACAACAAACUGGUUUAUCGGAUUCAGAGCGGCGCCGGAGACAAGUUCGUAAUUAGUCCUGAAACCGGCGUGAUCCGAGUGGCGCCGGGCUCGAAUUUAGAUCCGGAUCUCACGUCACCCAAAACCACGAGGUACAACUUGAAUGUCAUCGCCAUCGACAGCGGCACGGAGGUACAGCGGACCGCAGAGGUUCUCGUGAACAUCACGAUCCUGGAUGUCAAUAACAAAUCGCCGAUUUUCAUCGAUCCCGGAACCGUUGUUAUCAGAGAGAACACUCAGGUUGGCGCAUACGUUCAUCGUGUGGUGGCACAAGAUCCGGACGUAGCUCCGAUCCUGCGUUAUCGCGUGGAUUCUAACUCAUCGGAGGCGCGCAACGAGGAGGGCACUCUAAUCAAAAUACAAGAAUACGACUAUCUGGCAGCGCUGGAACUAAAUGCACUGGAUGGCUUGCUGCGUAUAGUAAGGCUAUUAGACAGAGAGAGAGUAGAAACCAUCAGACUGGGACUUAUAGUUGAGGAUAUAGCUGCCGUAAGAGGGUUGCAAACUGCAUCCGCCACGCUGAAUAUAAUUAUCGAAGACGAGAACGACAACAAUCCUAAAUUCCGAAGACCCUUCUACAGACGCUCCGUUACCGAAAACAGCAAAAACGGCGUUAAUAUUGCGAAUAUCGUCGCCGACGACGCCGACAAAAAUCGCAGUAUUACGUAUUCCUUGCAAGGACCGAGAGAGAUCACGGAACUUGUGCACUUGGAUUCUGAAACCGGAGAAAUGGUCGUCGCAAGUAAAAUCGACAGAGAACUAUAUUCGUGGCUUAAUUUAACCGUGAAAGCUACGGAUUCUGGGAUUCCACCUCGAUCGAGUCUGUCGGAAGUGUACGUUCAAGUAUUAGACGAGAAUGACAAUAAUCCAUAUUUCAUUUCGAAUGUGAGCAAUAUAAAUGUGAUGGAGAACUCAAAGAUUGGCACGGAAAUUAUUGUUAUACAAGCGGCGGAUCCCGACAGCGGGGAUUAUGGAAAGAUCACUUAUCUCUUAGACAGGAUGUCGUCUCAGGGAACCUUCGCUAUCCACCCAGAAACCGGAUCAUUAACUGUGGCUGACGUUUUGGAUUGGGAGACUAGAUAUAGUUACAUCUUAGUUAUCGAAGCUUGGGAUAAUUAUCAGUUUGGUUAUACGGCGGGUGAAUCCCGAAAUGCGUUUAAGCGAGUCCAGGUAACAGUUAUUGAUGUUAAUGAUAAUGCUCCAAAGAUGGAUAUACCUCAAAGCUGCGUCUCAAUAUCGGAAUUUCAUGAUUUACGUGACGUAAUCUACGUUAUCAAAGCGAACGAUGCCGAUGAUCCGACAACGCCGAACGGACAUGUCGAAAUGAGAAUCACAUCUGGUAAUGAGCUAGGUUUAUUCAGGUUGAAGCGAAUUAAUGAUUCGAAAGCGGAAAUUAAAGCUGUGCAGCCAUUGAAAGGAAAAUUCGGAAAUUACACGUUACACAUCGAGGCGCGCGAUCUGGGAACACCGUCCAAUAAGGAUAAUGGAAUUUUGGAAAUCUGCGUCACGGAUUACAACGAUAAUGCUCCUUUUUUUGUCAGUCCCCAGCACAACACUACUAUUCGGGUUCCGGAGAACAUAACGGUAGGCAGCCCGAUUAUUCAAAUCAAAGCGACGGACGCCGAUACCGGAUUAAACGGCGACGUGUAUUACCGCUUAAAGCAGGACCUCGCGGGCCAUUGGCGAACCUUUCGCAUCGACGAAAAAGCUGGCGUAAUAUCGUUAGAAUUACCUCUCGACAGGGAAACUCAGAAAUUGUACGAGAUACGAGUGGAAGCGUACGAUUUGGGUAUUCCAACGCCUUUGAGCUCAGAUCUCGAUCUAAUUAUUUAUGUGCGAAACAUCAACGAUUUCGAGCCACAGUUUUUAGUGAACAUCUUUAAUAUUAACUUCACGGAGGAGCAACCUCCCGGAUCGGAGAUAGUGUUAUUGCCCGAAACAAUCGACAGGGACGAAGUCGACGAUUUGGAUGAUCCACCCACGCAAGUUUGCUAUUUCAUAGUUGGCGGAAAUAAUGACGGACUAUUCGUUUUAGAUAUCUACAAACAUGAACUCGGAACUGCCAAGAUGUUGGACAGAGAAAAACAAGAAGAACAUAUAUUGCUCAUUAAAGCGACAGAAGAUUGCAAGUCCAUUCCAGACAACGAAACGACAUUCGACGAAGCUGAUGACACCCUGUUACAAGUCGUCGUAAAAGUUGACGAUAUCAACGAUAACGCACCGCGAUUUACUAACAAAGUUUUCACGGGCGGUGUCACAACCGACGCCGAUUUUGGCACACAGUUUAUGCAUGUCAAGGCAAUCGAUUUAGACGCCGGUGACAAUGCUGUACUUAAUUAUUAUCAAGUAGGCAAAAUCCAUAUGACAUUAACUGAAGGUUUUGAUGAUAUGCAACUACAACCUUUCCUUAUCAAUAAGGAAACUGGAGCGGUAAGCCUGAAUUUCGAUCCUCAACGAGAGAUGAAGGGUUACUUUGAUUUUAUGGUACUCGUUAACGAUACCUACGGCUUACAAGACACUGCCAGGGUUUUCAUCUACUUACUACGAGAGGAUCAACGAGUUCGAUUUGUUCUCCGUCAACAUCCACCUGAAGUCAGAAGCCGAAUCGAGACAUUCCGAGAAAUUCUGGGCAAUGUUACAAGCGCUAUCAUUAAUGUAGACGAAUAUAAAGUACACGAGAAUCAAGACGGCUCCGUAGAUAGAACAAAAACAGAUUUAUACUUGCACCUCGUGAAUCGCCGGGAUAAUUCAAUCCUUGAAGUAUCCGAAGUCCUCGAAUUGGUCGAUAGGAACAUUGAGAAACUCGACAACCUGUUCAAGGAGUUCAACGUUCUCGACACGCAGCCAGCCAAGCCUCAACCAAUUGUUCAAUACGAGCAAGCUGGGACGACUUUCUGGCUCCUCACAUUGACCCUGUUCCUGGGAGCUUUACUGAUUCUAUGUCUCGCUUUGUGUUUGUCCCAAAGAGCCUCUUUCCGAAGGCAAUUGAAAGCGGCGAACGCAUCACCAUUCGGUACAUCAGAUUCGGAAUUCAUCCGAAGUCCUGGCCGCGUUCCGAACACAAACAAACACAGUAUGGAAGGAUCGAAUCCCAUAUGGAUGCAUGCUUACGAGAAUGAGUGGUUCAAGAAUGAUGAGUCGUUCAGCCAUACAUCCGAAAGAGAUUCCCUGGACGAGAACGCUCUUAAUAACGAAGAGAUGAUGAAUGAAGCUAACACAAACCAAAGAGCCGACGAUAAACCGUAUUACAUAGAACCAAGAAUUUCCACCAUUUCUAGAAUGCCCCUCGUAGAAGCAUGGUUUAAAGUGUGGCUUUAUUUGGGGCUCAUACUUUGCGGUUGGGGCGAAGGCGCACGACCACGCUUCGAUACGUCGACGGACAUGAGAUUGGUUUUAGUUCCGGCCGACGCCGAGGUCGAUUCAGUGAUUUUUCGGUUACGCGCCACCGAUCAAGACGCGGACUUUCCUCUUGUUUUUGAAGUAACUGCAACAAUCACACCCGUUGUAAGGAUCGACAACCUGCCGUGCACGUUAUACAACAAAGUCUGCCAAGCCAAUGUAAUUUUAACGAAACGCCUUAUACCGGGACGCCUCCACGAUUUCGCAGUCAGAGUACGGGAUACCAAGGGGGACUCAAAUUCAAUGCAGGCUACCAUAUCCGUAACGAACGCUACGACCUCGCGUGAUAAAAUAUUUCCCCAUAUUCCGUCUCUAAUAAUGAUACCCGAGGAUGCUAAACCAGGCAGAGAACUGGAUUACCUUCUCGUACGCGCGAACUCCUGGAGCGGGAAACCAGUUUACAUCGAACUAUGGCAACCGAAAGAACUCUUCACCAUUCGACAGCGACAAACGCCAACGCAAACGCGCGGAGUAAUUACGUUGAUCGGUGAACUGGACUUCGAGACGCAAUCGAUGUACACCCUCACCAUUUACGCAACGGAUCCUUACACGGAAGUUGGCAAGGACACCAGGAAUAUCGCGGGCUUGAACAUUGUUGUAAUAGUUCAAGACGUGCAGGACGUGCCGCCAAUUUUUACCUUAGCUCCACCUUUAACUAGGCUUAACAAUACUGUGCAAACGGGAGACGUAAUAUUACGAGUUCAUGCGGAGGACGGAGAUAAAGGGGUGCCACGUGAAAUCACGUACGGUCUGGUUUCUGAAGGCAAUCCUUUCAUACCGUUUUUUAAUAUCUCCGAGACAACCGGUGAGAUUGUUCUCGCGAGGCCUUUGGACGAACUCACGCAAAUUACUCACGUCGGUGCACCAGUUGUGCUUACCGUAGUUGCUGAAGAAAUACGAAGAUCUAGAGAGGAACCGCCGGCUCAAGCGACGGUUGUCGAGGUCGGUUUUCUUCUUGGAGAACCAGGCAACAGCCCACCCUACUUUGAGAAUGAUAACUACGUUGCGUCGAUACCAGAGAAUUUGGAGCCAGGUUCCACGAUAACCUUUCCCGAGCAGUAUUCAACCCGAGUUCGCGAUGAAGAUAUCGGUAAGGCCGGGGUAUUCGCCUUGAAGCUACAGAAUAACAAUGGUACAUUCGAGAUCAAUCCAAGUGUUGCUGAGAGAACGGCGGAUUUCGUCAUCAUGGUACGGGACAACACACUCAUCGAUUACGAGACGUAUCGAAGUUUAUCGUUUAAGAUUAUCGCUCAAGAAGUUGGUCCAGCAACAAAUCUAUCCGCAUCAGCGGCGGUCGUGAUAUUUAUAGAAGAUGUUAACGAUAACCCGCCAAUUUUCGACGAAGAAUCUUACGAAGUUACAUUGUCCGAAAAUGUUACCGCUGGGACACGAGUUAUACAGGUGCAUGCGACCGAUAAAGAUACCGGAUUCUUUGGCAGUAUUCGAUAUAUCGGCAUAACGGGACAAGGGAGCGACGCUUUUGCGAUGGACUCCGAUACUGGCUUAAUCACGGUAGCAAUGGGAUCGUCUUUGGAUCGUGAAAUGGCAGCGCAGCUGCAAUUAACAGUAGAAGCGCGCGACGAAAACGGCAAAGGAAACACGGGCACAGUACCUUUGAUAGUAAAUUUAUUGGAUGUAAACGACAACGCGCCAAUUUUCGAGAAAGACGUCUACGAGUUCACGCUGAAUUCCGAUUUAACGAAUUUUACAACGCCAGUCUUCAUAAAGGCCACCGAUGCCGACGCCGAAGCACCGAACAACGAAAUUCGUUACGAACUGAUCCACGGGAACUACGAAAAUAAGUUUUAUCUGAACGAGAUUACCGGCGAAUUGAUGCUGCGUUCGCCCAUCACGAAAUUCCGACGCAAGAAACAAAGCGUACAUCACAAUCCUUCGAAAAAAUUACACAAGGAAUUUGUUCAACCGCACCCGAUACGGCAAACCAUAACGAGAACAACGAUAUCUCCGAAUAUAACGAAUUCCACGGAAAACGAGUCGAACGACGCCGAAUUAAAACGCCAAGUUGGCGAGAUAAAGAAACAUCGAAGAAAACGAGCGGAAAGUGAUACUUUAUACACUUUAACUGCCAGAGCGUACGAUCUCGGUGUACCUCAUCUGGCAAGCGAAACCGAGAUCUUGAUCCUCAGGGGAACCGCGAUGGAGGCUCGCAUAAUGAUGUUCGUGGUGCCAGGAGAACAUCCAAAUUUAACGAAGACCACCGAAACAUUAGCCACUAUCACAGGCGGACAAGUGACUGUACUCGGAACACGUCCUUAUGCGACGGACAACAAACCCGGAGCCACAGACAAUUCAGCAUCAACGGAAGGGAAAAGGACGAUCGUGGUGGCGAAGGUCCAACAAACCGAGGUCGGCACACCCCUCGUGGACAUAGAAAAAAUUCGUAAAACACUGGCGGCAAACGGGGUGGGCAUCAUCGGAGGCGCAGGCAGUACCAACGUACCCAUAACGUAUAAUGGUUACGGGAAUACCACGAAACUUCCAAUCGAUGGGAUAAUUCACGACGGGGGAGGCAGCGCGGAAACCCAUGUAAACAAAACGAUCGCGAGUGUUCGCGAGGAAGUAACUGUGUACAAAGCGGAGAAUAAACUGUUGUUCUGGCUGCUCAUCAUCUUGGCUCUGCUGAUGCUGCUGGCAAUCGCGGCACUUAUCGUUUGCUGCAUCUGCCCAGGCUGCCCGUUUUACAUGGCGCCCAGAAAGCGCAGGGUGUAUUCGUCGGAAACGCUCAUCGCUCGGUCCGAUGGCCGACCGAGACGGCAUCUCCAUCGCAAACCAAUGGCUAUGAUUGAUGUUAUUUCGAAUGGGAAGAAGCAAGCUUGGAGCGCGGAUCCGACUCGAAGGAACUGGCAGUUUAAUCGGCGAAACACGAAGAACGGCGGCCUGGCGUCGCUUCCUGGUGACGUUGUGUACAUUUCGCAGCGACCUGCAAUCGAUCAAGCAAACGUGGAGUCACUGAGGCUACGGGACGGCCCAGCCUACGAUCCUUCGAGAAGGAGGAGACUCGAGGAGCAGGAGAGAAUGUACGUGGAGGACGUCGACGAAAGGAAAAUUAGAGAUUACGAUGCCCUGGACGUAGAUUCCCUGCAGCGACACGAAAUCGAACGUGGUUCGGACAUCCUGCGUCAAAGUUACAGACAAAGAUACGUCGAGCCUGAGCCAAAUAACGAGCCGACGGUAAGGGAGCAACAUUUCUACCGCGAAGGAAACGCGGAGGUGCUCCAGUUAGUAACACGAGGACAAGUGGAGGAUACGAGCCACCAUUAUCCGACAACUUUGAUAGUAGACGGCAAGGAUGUGCUUCUGCAGCGAUUUAUGCAGGACCAGAAAGCGCGGCAGGAACUGUCGAUGCAGGAACCCGAGGUGGCGCGCAGCAUCGAGUCUCACCAACGUUCAAAGAAUCUGUAUCAACGUCAGCAGGAGGUUCUCCUGCUGCCGGAGGAAUUGGAGAUUCGACAUCGACGUGCGGAGGGAUCGGGGUCCAACCUACAGAAGCUGGAAAUGGAUGACGGAAACGGUACGGCUCAAAAGAUGGAUGCGGAAUCGCAGAUGCGUGACGUUCGUCGUCAAGAGGUGACGAUAAACGUGCCUGGAAUAUCAUCCACGGAGAGACCAUCGAUUGUCAAGGACCAGAUGCAAUCCGCGACGAUGCAGUCGUACACGUUGCACGAUCUCGAGUUGGCGAGACAGAACGCCCUGUUGACGCGGCUGCUCCUGGAGAGAGAAUCCAGGCACGCCGGUGUGACGAUGGAUGCUGCGAGUUACUUAGAGACCCAAAGUCUUCCCGGACAGGUAGCCAUCGCGACGCAGACCGACCGGGUCGCCGCAACGCAGACGGAACGACAAGUCCGCAGCAGGAGCGACAACGACGAGUCCGACGAGGAUACUCGAAAUCGGAAGAAGAUGAAGUCGAAGAAACGCCACGGCGAGAGUGAAUUGAAGAGAACUCGGGCCUUGUGGAUGAAGUCGCCUAUCGAGGAAGAGGAAAGUCCAUGCUUCGACAAACGACUCAGCAUCUUGAGGAAGAAAGUGAAAGAAGUGAAAGAAGGACGGAAAGCGUCCCUGGAACCCAAGGUGCUGCGGGAAAUCUCAGAUUCCCUCGACGAGAACGGAGGCUCCUGCCGUGAAAGGGAAGGAAAGUCGGUAAAAACUUGUCAACAGCCCGUCGAAGGGAGUAACAUCGGAUACAAAGUACUGACUGAGGAGAAAAAUGGCUCCACUUCGUCGACGGAGAUGGGUAAGCAACAGUAUGAGAAAACUUCCGACGAGAAAAGAGCGGAGAGCUUGUCGUCCCCGGAAAUAAGUGUCGAUAAUGGAAAAUACGUUCGCGAAACGACUGAGGAGAAAAGUUCGCGGAAGGAGAGUCGAACGAAGAAACAGAAGAAGGUAGAGUCCGUGAUAAAACCUAGUUUCCGAGUUUUAGAGAGGGAAAUUACAAUGCUGACCAAGAAGCUGAGCAAACUCGCCGAUAGGAAGGUACAACGGACCAGAGAAGAAGAUGAAACAAGUCAAAAGAAAUUCAAGGUAUCAAAAGACACGAAGAAAGAUUUUGAUCAAAACACGUUGAGGAAAAGGGAAGAUCUAAGGAAACACAGACAACCUGAGACUUCUUCAGGUGUACCAACGGAGCCGCAGAGAGAAAAAUUCAAGUAUCAACAACGGCAGGUCAUGAGUCCCGACAGUUCCGAUUACGAGGAUGCGUUUGACAAGCCGAAGAAGACAAAAUCCAGAUAUCAUGAGGAAUUAACGAAGCAGAAGCAACCAAGUAGUCAUACGCAAGUGAAAAAGCAUACGCAGAUGCAGGUCGGGCGUAAAGACCAGAAGAGGCAAAUCGUGCAGCAAAAUCGAGAACUCGAGAAGCGCAAGGAUGCCGUGAGCAAAGAAAGCAGUAGAGCGGAAUCAAAAACUGAGAAAACUGCCAAACUAUUGUCGCGUAAGCAGAAAUUGGCAACUAUUGGCCGUAGAGAAAAUGUCUUGGAAGAACCAGGCACCAGCACAGGUUCCGAUCGAGCGAAUGGCAUGUUCACCAGUCGAGAUUCUGAUAAGAGAAGCAUAGAAUCUUCAGAAAUUCCAUCGAGUCAUGCACAUCAAAGAAAAUCGAAACAGAAGCUAGAUUAUGUGAGUGAGAGAUUCUCCGACGACUUCGUGACAGAUUCUCAGAGGGAAGACAUCGAUCAACAAACUGCAUUUUAUUUAUUGGAUACAAUGCAUAAAUCAGAUGUUGCGAAACACAUUGAAGUAAUACAACAAUUUUCCGACGAUUUUACAAUGGAUACACAAACGAAAGACCAUCGAAAGCCAGUUAUUACUGAAAAUGAGAUUGAGCAAUGUCCGGUCCAUGAUUCCGAUAAAGAACACAUGACAUUGAAGGAAGUCGUUGAAGAUAUCACAGUUCUUCAAGAUUUGGAAUAUAGACAACCUACAAGUAAGGCGAUAUUAGACACUACAAAGAAACAAAAAUCUGACUUUCUUGAAGCCUCCAACGUAGAGGUAUUAAAUGAAUUCGACGAUAGCAGCAAGAAGAUGAUCCUUUCGGAAUUUCCUGUCUCAAAAGGGUUAGAAGAGCAUCAAAUAAAGAGACUGCCAUCACAUACUACCAUCGAAGACAAGAUGUUUCAAACUACCAAGAAACAUGAAGAAGAAUCAAAAGAAUCUUUACAAGAAGUAGAAAAAGAGAUGUUAGAAGCAGAUAAAAUCAUGACACAAAAAGAUGUAGAUAAAUUAAAGACCUCGACAGACGCGGAAAAACUUGCGAGUAGUGAGGUAGAUGUAUCGCAGAAAUAUACAGAAAGUUUGAAAGUAUCAAGUGGCGCAAUGGAGCGCAUAGAACGAGAAAAAGAACAUGAGGAAAACGGGUUACAUGGCGACAUUGUUGCUUCACCAAAGGAAACAGAAAAAGAUUCGAAACAUAUUGAAGAGGUUACGCUCUUAUUGCGUCAAAGUAAAGCUGUAGAAUUACAUGAAGCUGAAAAUGAUCAGAGAGAAGGAAGCAGAGAGAAAGAGAUAUCUUUAGCAGAGAGUACAAGAGAUAUUGAACAUGACUCAUUAUACAAAAUUAAAAGUGACAUGAAGAAAGAAGUGGAAAUUACAACAGAUACCAACGGGCAUCAAGAUAUUACCGAGAAGACGAAAGAAAUUUCAGAAGAACAUGCGAUUCAGAAAUCGGAGAAAAUCGAGAAAACGGAGGAAGGUGUAACAUCAACGAUUGCAACAUUUGAAGAACCAUCUGAUAUUAAUCAAUCUCUCAAAGUUGAUAUCGAUUCAAAUGGCAUUCUCCGCGCGCUCUUCAUCGAUGAAGAUGAUAAGACGCUGACGUACAUCGAUGAAAGUAGCCCAGAAGCAUCAAAAGAUGAUGUAAUGCAGUCCAAGUCUAGUAAGAUAACAGAUAUCACGCAAGAAGGCGCUGAUGUAGAGAAAUUAGAACACACGGAUGAUGAUCUCGCUUCGAAGAAAGAAAUUGAAAGCCGUGGAUUCGAAGAAGAAGCGCUUAUAGGUGAUUUUCGACGAACAAAAUUGGAAAAAACUGAUGAAAGCCAGUCUGUCGUGCAUCUAGCAGAACCUAUUAGCUCCAAAGAAGUUGCAGAUGAAGAACAAUUGCCGAUUGAACAUGCAAAAAUGAAGGAAGAAUUAUUUCCCGGAAAACACAAAGAGGAAACAGAAGAAAUAUCCAUCGUAAGGGAAAAACUUGAAGGAGAAGUAAAAGAAACGCUCGACAAAGGAUUUCCCAUUGAUCAGUCAUCGAAAGAUUCGAAUUUAAUAUCAAUAGUCACUGAGCCAGACGAAGAAGAAAAAUCCGAGACAAUCGUUGAGAGCGUAGACGCAGAGCCGCAAGACAAAGAGGAGCAACGAGCAGACGUAAGCGUUCCAAUUUUUACCAGCUUUAUUGAUACACUCGAUGUUUCGGAGGAGAGCGACUCAUCCAGUGAUAUUUCCAGGAAAACGAUGUUGACCCCGCGACCCUACGACACUCCACGCCAUCGGCAGCAGCAAGAAAACCUUGAAAUAGGAGGAACGCUUGGAAUCUCUAAGGAUGGAGGAGACGCAAAAGCUGAGAGCGAACCGGAGGAGGAUAGAGACAGUAACUUAUCGCUCGAUGAUAUUCAAACUGAAAAAGAUUCAAUCACAAUCGAAGCAGCGAUUAGAGAACCGAAGGAGGAUACAGAAACCGUUGCUACGCGCGAAAAAGUUCUUUCUGAAAAAAUUUUAUCAGUGCCUGAUCAAAAAGUACAUAAAGAUAGAAUCAUCAAAUCAAAAGUAGCGGGAGAUGUGGAAUUGCAAACUGAUAUAAAAUCAGACAUAAAAGGCGUAUUAACAACGAUUCAAGAUAAUAUUCUUGCAAUUGUAAAUGUCAAGGAAGACACAUCUAAAGAAGAUGUUAAGGAUGAGAGAUUUCUCUCAACGAGAGAGAUCGAGAAACAUAAAAGUAAAAUUACUACACCUCACAAAAAAGUCGAAAAGGUUUCUGAAAUGGCAGAAGAUAAAAAAAGUAAAAUUAGAUCGCCUUCGAGGCGCGCGGUGCAAAUACACCCGAAGAGAGACAAAACAAGAACUGUAACCGCUGAGAGACACGAAACGAGAAUUAAAGGCUCCGAAAUGGACAAGAGCAGAACUAAAGACACCGAGAGAGAUAAAACAAAAAGUAAAGAUGCUAUACCGUCGACUUCGGAGAAGCACAUUGCGAAACCCGAAUCUUUCGAAAGUUCCGCGAGGAAAAAGAAGAGACCUGAACGGCUGAGGAUGCCUUCACCGGGAGAGAAGAAGCAUACACUCGACGAGGGAUCGGAAGAGAAGGCAACACCGAGUCGCUCUCGUGCUCGUAUUCGCAAGUUCGUCGACGGUGGAUCGCAGAAACAAUCACGAAGAGAAGAGGAAGUACAGCGAAGAUCGACAUUGCCCAGAUCAAAACCCAAAACGGACAGGAAACGAGCAAUUUCACCGAAGCCUGGUGAGAUUGACGUGAGUAAAGCGCAGUCAAAGUACAUGGCCUGGUACAACAAGAACCGCGAGGAGGCGGAGAAGAAGAAGCUGGAGAAAAAAGUGAUGGAAGACGAGGAGCAGCUGCCGCGGUGGGUCAGCAGAGGCUUGAGGCAUCAGACGGUCAAGAAAGAGCCGAAAGAAAGGCAAGGUGCGGUACACAGAACCCCUGAGAUGACUCCGCAUACCCGACGCAAGAUCAAGCCGCUGGUGAACGUGGAAUCCGAGCAGUUGAAGGCUAUCGUGCGCCAAGGGCGGCGAUUACGAAGGGCUGAGGGUAAUUUCAAGGAAGACCCGACGGUCGAGAUAUUCGCCAGAACGCCGCCGGUCUCCUUCACGGACACGCAGCAUCGCUUGCUGCAACACUCAGAAUACAAAUACGAGAGGAUACCACCACCGUUCUAUCUGCAUCCACCACCGGCGCCGCAUCCCUCGCCGCAGCUGUCGCCGGAGAGGACUUUCGAGGUACAGCCGUCCACGUCGCAAGAUGGACAGUCGGAGGACGAACCCCUUCGUCCGAGUAACGUGGUGACGUACCAGAGCGGCGGUCGUUUGCGCCAUCAGCAGCUGCUCGAGAAGAAGAGCGUCUUCGAUAUCGCGUACAGCGAGGCUGCGCCGUCGCAACUUCGAUCCGACAGCGCUACUCCACCGACUUAACUUUUAGAGAUAUCAGAGAUUUCUGAGUUAUUUAGAGUAUAAUGAUACACACGGGGCGCGCAUGUGUGUAUGGUGCAUUAUUUAUUUCGCGAAUAUGUUAUACUAGGGUUAUACUUGGAUUCAUCUUAAAUCGCGUAACUCUCGAGUCGAGAGGCUAGAAUUUGAUAUGUACUAGUACGAUUAAAGUAGAUGAAAACGGUGUAAUUUGUACAUAUACGUCGUAGCGUCCUCUUGCUAUUUCGCUUAGUAUAACGUUAGCUUUCCUAAUUACUUUCAUCGUACUAAAUUCAAAAAUAUUUAAUGAAUCUCAAUCCUCUCAUUUAGUUUCGCGAAAAAGAAUUAUUUUUCUCAGUACCGAGUAUAUUUGGAGUAUAUAAAGUAUUUCCCUUCUCAAAUGUAAGAGAUGCAUACAACUGUAGCAUAGAUAAUCUCUCGUUUACGUUACUGCCAAAAAAAUAUGACUUAUAUUUAAGCAAAUGCAACGGUUUGGCGACCAAUUUUAUAUCAUGAUUAUUCGAGUAUAAUAAUGUUUAUAUAUCAAUUCUUGUAAAUAUAUAUACGU